UUAAUUGAUUUUCUGGAUGAUUAGAAGAACAUGCCAACAGAUAAAUAAUUUAAAUGUCAACUAUAGUCUGCGAACAAAACACCCAUUAGUACCAAUAAGGACUGACAACUAAACCUAUUCCCACAUUCGAAAUUUAUGGUUGAACAAUUGUAAAAAUAGCUCUGCGAAAAUUGCCUUUCUGACUAAACACCAGAUUGCCCUGAUAUGAUUUAUCACCGUAUCCCUGAAAAGCGUUGCAAGGACGGAAGCGAAACCAUGACUAUAUGACGACUGUGGUUUACCACAAUCCUUGGUCCUACAUUGAGAGAAUAACACUUGCUGUGCAUUUGAUAAAGAGGGCAAUAAUGAGUUUGUUUAGAAUGUUUUUUUUUUCAGAUUGUUGAGGCAGGGCAGGGGUUAACUUGCCGACGAUGGUGCAGAGGCCUUGCCUUAUUGAAGUAAACUUUUAUUAUGUGUAAACAUUAUUUGUCAUUUGAAGCGCAUGGUUUUGUCAAACGCCAUGACAAUCGCACAAAAGCAGCUAAAUAUGUGUGAUUAAGAGUUUUUCUGUGAUUACUUAUUCUGUUCUGAGUUCGUGUGGGCGGGUGGGUUGCUGUAUUCCAAAUUUUACUCGAAGCUAACCUUAAAACGCAGUUGAUUGUCCAACAACAAAAAAUGUCUUUGGGAUGGAAACAGUUUUCAUUCAUUUGGAAAGAAUGGAGAUCAACGAAACGACUGUUGGAGUUUUUUAUAUUAGCAAAAUUUUGGCCUUAGCGCCAUUUUCUUUUUGUAAAAAUGCUAAAGGAAAAAUCGAAAUUCGAAGAAGUAUUCUGUUUGCAUUUUACAGUGUUUCAUUAAUUUCCAUAAUGAUAUUCUUGACAUACAGGGGACUUCUGUUUGAUGCUAAUUCAAAGAUUCCUGUUCGCGCAUCUUUUAGAAUGAAAUCCGCAACCUCGAAAGUAGUCACCGCACUUGAUGUAUCUGUUGUAGUAAUGUCAACAACUUCUGGUGUGAUUUGUGGAUUAGUUGGAUUAAAGUCUACCCAAGAGCUCAACAAGCGCUUACAACAGGUUGAUGAAAAUUUAAAAUCUUUUGUGACUCCAAGAAAGGAACAAGUAAGGGCUUAUGUCAUGGUACUUGUAUCACUUUUAUUUAUAACAGUGCUUUUAGGUCUUGAUGUCUGGACAUGGUUUCGAGUAGCUAAAGAUAUGAAAAUUGAUGAGGAGAACACUGAAAUGAAUGUUCAAUGGUAUAUACCAUUCUACAGCUUAUAUUAUAUUUUAACUGGACUUCACAUAAGUAUUGCCCACACUACCUUCGGUGUUGGUAGAAGAUACCGAAGAUUGAAUAUUACAUUAAAAAAAAUGUUUUUGAGUGAUGAAAAACUUAUACACACUGUACCGAAACUCUACAAAAAAGUAACAGCUAUGAAAAUACUUAACAAUGAGCUUAAUGAUUCAGGAGUUAUUAAAAAACCUAAUACAGAAACCUAUUCUGCUUCUAGUAACAAUGUUAUCGAGCGUUUAGCCGGAAUUCAUGAAUCUCUAGGAAUUUGCGUUCAGAAAAUUUCAAGUGCGUAUGGAUUUGCUGUCCUAACGAUGUUGGUUUCUUGUCUAUUACAUCUGGUAGCUACAGCUUAUUUUCUAUUUUUAGAGUUUUUAAACAACAAAAAUAGUGUUUACUCUUGGCUACAAGUUUUGUGGAUCAUUUUCCAUGCGUGUCGGCUUUUAAUGAUAGUUGAACCUUGUCAUUUAACUACUGUUGAGUCUCGUCAGACCAUAACGAUAUUGUGUCAGAUAAAUCGAAGUCCUCAUGAGACAACUUUAACAGACAGUAUUCGAUUAUUUUGGCAACAACUCCUGGCAGAUAAGGCAACAUUUUCAGCCUGUGGGCUCUGCAAAGUUGACAGACAAAUCCUGACAUCAAUUAGUGCUGCAAUUGCAACCUACUUGGUCAUUUUAAUUCAAUUCCAAAAAUCCAAUGGGUAAAAUUACGAAAUACAAAAACAAAAUAUGCAUAUUUUAGUUGUUUUGCAAAAUUGGACAGCAGUAUAACUUCUAUUAAUGCCCUUAGCGUUUCAAAAAAAUAAAAAUGUUUUGUAUAGAAUGUGUUCUUUACCAAUAAAAAAAAAUGGUUGGAAAGAAUU